GGUGCGUUUCCUGGAUUUCACCCGUUGGCCGUUUUAAUCCGCUCGUCCUUUUGUUUUCUUCUCGGCCAUGCAGCCUUACAUGGUAAACAUCAAACUUUCGGCUCGGACCCUCACUGGGGCCCUUAACCCUCAGAAUAGAGGAGCCGCAGACUGGGGCUGGCAAGGACUGAUUGCAUAUGGAUGCCAUUCUCUCAUUCUGGUGAUUGACUCCAAAACUGCUCAGACCUUACAGGUUUUGGAAAAGCACAAGGCUACUGUAGUCAAGGUUAAAUGGGCUAAAGAAAACUACCAUCACAAUAUUGGAUCACCUUAUGCUUUGCGUUUGGCUACUGCUGAUGCUAGUGGAAAAAUAAUUGUUUGGGAUGUAGCUACAGGAACUUCUCGCUGUGAAAUCCAAGAGCAUACAAAACCAAUUCAAGACAUGCAGUGGUUAUGGAAUCAGGAUGCAUCUCGAGAUUUACUCCUUGCUGUUCAUCCUCCCAAUUAUAUCGUGUUAUGGAAUGCCGAUACUGGCACCAAAUUAUGGAAGAAAAGUUACGCAGAAAACAUUCUUUCUUUUUCAUUUGAUCCUUUUGAUCCUUCAAAUUUAACGUUGCUUACAAGUGAGGGAAUAGUGUUUAUUUCAGACUUCUCCCCUUCUAAAGCGCCUAUCAGUUCAGGGAAAAAAGUGUAUAUUUCCAGCCCUCAUUCUAGUCCUGUUCAUAAUAAGUUGGUAUCUGCUACAGGAGCUAAAAAGGCUCUGGACAAAGUAAAAAUUCUCAUCACUAAUGAAAAACCGAGUGCUGAAUCAGUAACAUUGAAUGACUGCCUUCAGCUAUCCUACCUACCUUCCAAGCGAAAUUACAUGUUAUUACUGUACCCAAGAGAAAUCUUGGUUCUGGAUCUUGAAGUCAAUCAGACAGUAGGUGUAAUAGCAAUUGAAAGAACAGGAGUGCCUUUUCUACAGGUAAUUCCUUGUGGCCAGCGUGAUGGAUUGUUCUGCCUACAUGAAAAUGGCUGUAUAACUCUGAGAGUUCGCAGAUCUACCACUAAUUUAAGUGCUGUACCAAAUAAAGACUCAGCAGAUCCUGAUCCCAUUCAGGAACUCAUCUAUGACUUACGAAGUCAGUGUGAUGCCAUUAGGGUUACCAAGACUGUUCGCCCAUUUAGUAUGGUGAGCUGCCCAGUGAAUGAAAAUUCUGUAGCUCUUAUAGUCAGUGAUGGAAGAGUAAUGAUAUGGGAGCUGAAAUCCACCAUUUCAAGCCAAGGUGUACGUACCAGCCAUUCCAAUGUAUCACCCUUGUAUUCACCUAUCUCAUUCUGUGGAACUCCUGUCGGGACCUUGCAGAAUAAGCUUCCAGAUCUGUCACUAGAUAAUAUGAUAAGUGCACUGUCUACUGAAGAUCAAGCAAAAAGUUAUUGUUUGCAAGAAGUACAUUUGAAGUUCAUUUUAACAGGCCUCCUUUCGGGACUUCCUUUGCCUCCAUUUGCUAUUCGCAUGUGUCCACCUCUUACCACCAAAAAUAUUAAGCAAUAUCAGCCCCUGCUUGCUGUGGGAACAAGCAAUGGGUCGGUCUUGGUGUAUAAUCUUACUAGUGGAUACUUAUAUAAAGAAUUAAGCAUUCAUUCAUGUGAAGUCAAGGGUAUUGAAUGGACAGGCUUGAAUGGCUUCCUUUCAUUUGCUACAUCUACACCUAAUAAUUUGGGAUUGGUGAGAAACGAAUUGCAAAUGGUUGAUCUUCCCACAGGUAGGAGCAUUGCCUUUCGUGGGGAGCGAGGUAACGAUGAACCAGCAAUUGAAAUGAUAAAGGUGUCCCACUUGAAGCAGUAUUUGGCAGUUGUUUUCAAAGAUAAGCCUUUGGAAUUAUGGGAUAUCAGGACAUGUACUCUUCUUAGAGAAAUGUCUAAAAACUUCCCUACAAUUACUGCUUUGGAAUGGUCCCCUUCUCAUAAUCUGAAGAGUUUAAGAAAGAAGCAGCUUGCAGCCCGAGAGGCUAUGGCGAGGCAAACAGUGGUAUCGGAUAGAGAAGAGAGCAGUCUGGAGUCUUCAAUGAUCAGCUUGUUGCAGGAAGCAGAGAGUAAAUCUGAAUUAAGUCAGAACAUUUCUGCUCGGGAGCACUUUGUUUUUACAGAUACUGAUGGACAAGUUUAUCACUUGACAGUGGAAGGGAAUUCUGUCAAAGACAGUGCGAGAAUUCCUCCUGAUGGAAGUAUGGGCAGUAUUACAUGCAUUGCCUGGAAAGGUGAUAUCCUAGUUCUGGGAGAUGUUGAUGGCAAUUUGAACUUCUGGGAUUUAAAAGCUAGGGUAUCCAGGGGCAUUCCCACCCACCGAGGCUGGGUGAGGAAGAUACGCUUUGCUCCUGGAAAAGGAAACCAAAAGCUGAUAGCAAUAUACAAUGAUGGGGCUGAAGUUUGGGAUACAAAGGAGGUCCAGAUGGUAAGCAGUUUAAGAAGUGGCAGAAAUGUCAGUUUCCGUAUACUUGAUGUUGACUGGUGCACGUCAGAUAAAGUGAUCUUAGCUUCAGAUGAUGGUUGUAUCAGAGUGCUAGAAAUGACAAUGAAGCCUGCGUGCUUUAGAAUGGAUGAACAAGAAUUGUCAGAACCUGUGUGGUGCCCAUAUCUUCCUCCUCCAAGAGCAUCCUUAGCUUUAAAGGCUUUCUUACUUCACCAACCUUGGGAUAAUAAGUAUUCUUUGGAUAUAUCAUUCAUCAAUUAUCCAGAAAAUGAAAAUAUUAAAAAUAUGUUGCAAGAUCAGUUAUAUUCAUUGUCCAAUGAUGUCAAGAAACUUUUGCUUGAUCCAGAGUUCACUCUUUUGCAGCGAUGCUUAUUAGUUUCAAGGCUGUACGGGGAUGAAUCUGAACUACACUUUUGGACUGUUGCUGCCCAUUAUUUGCAUACUUAUUCCUGCAACAAAUCAUUAACCAUAAAGGCAGAAGAUGGACUUGCUUCUCAAGAAAACUGGAUCAGUCCGCUAGAUAUAUGUUACGAUAUUCUCUGUGAAAAUUCCUAUUUCCAGAAAUUCCAGCUUGAAAGAGUCAACAUUCAAGAAGUUAAAAGAUCAAAUUAUGAUCACACAAGGAAAUGCACAGAUCAACUCUUGCUUUUGGGCCAGACUGACAGAGCUGUGCAGUUGCUUUUGGAAACCAGUGCCGAGAACCCUUAUUAUUAUUGUGAUUCACUCAAGGCAUGUCUUGUCACCACAGUUACUUCCUCGGGCCCUUCCCAAAGUACCAUUAAAUUGGUAGCAACAAACAUGAUUGCCAAUGGAAAGCUGGCAGAGGGUGUCCAGCUAUUGUGUUUAAUAGAUAAAGCUGCUGAUGCCUGUCGUUACCUACAAACCUAUGGGGAAUGGAAUCGAGCUGCAUGGCUUGCAAAGGUUCGCCUGAAUGCAGAAGAAUGCGCAGAUGUUUUGAAGCGUUGGGUGGAUCAUCUUUGUUCUCCACAAAUCAAUCAAAAAUCCAAGGCAAUACUUGUUCUUCUUUCCCUGGGUUGUUUCAUGAGAGUGGCUGAGAUGUUACAUAGUAUGAGGCAUUUUGACCGAGCUGCACUGUUUCUUGAGGCCUGCCUUAAGUAUGGCACUAUUGAAGUUAAUGAAGAUGCAAAGAAAUUAAUCCAUGCAAUAUUUGCCGAUUAUGCCAGAAGUCUGAAGUCUCUAGGGUUUAAGCAGGCUGCUAUUUUGUUUGCCACAAAAGCAGGAAUACCAGGCAAAAAUCUCUUGAGUGAACUUGAACAACAGAAGGAAGGCGUCAAAGAAUGAGAACUCUUUAGAAAACAGCUAGAAGUUAUGAUUUUCCAUGGGAUGAGUCAUUGGUGCAAUAAUACUUAAGAAACAAAGUUUUUUUUUUUUAAAAAAAGGUAUCUUUUAUCA